CCUCCGUCCUUAGUCAGUGAUGUAGUGUUGUGGCGUUCGUCCUCUGUUCAAUUACCUUCGCGUGACAUUGACGAUUGCAUCAUACGAUCGAAGAAGUAUCUAUCAGUGUUGUCUUAUCGUUGACUCGAUUUCGUAUCAGAAGUCUUCGUUUGACGAGUUUGAUAAAUCUUUCAUAAAAACAGAAACGCGUAUAAAUUUUUAAUUCGUUUUUCAUGGGAACGCAAUAAAAAAUUUUGGAAACUUUUGUUUUGGUGAAAGUGUGGUUUAUUUUGGAGUGCAUUAUGACGGCGUAUCCCAUUGAAUUUGGUUGUCUUUAAAAACGUGAGUUUCAAAUAUACAAAAUAUAAAAGUAUCCAAAGUUCCAACCAGCUACAACCAAGUAUACUUGAAAAAAGCAUCAUAUUUACUUAGAAAAGAAACAUCUCAGGACGAGGCGUAGGAUGGGCCCGACCGCGCGAGCAGUCGUCCUACACUGAAGAGGAGGAGCUCCCCUAAAGAAGAGAGAGAAGGAGGAAGGAACGAAGGAUGCCUGCCUCGCAGACCGCCGCCACAGAGCGGCGAAACGAGAGGAUGAUCACACACGAGCCGCCAAAAUUAAAAACGACCCUGAAAACGCCUCCUAAACAAGCGACCAACCCUCUUCAGUUUGUUAAAGUUGGACCAUGCUCUUUAUAUCGUACAGCUCAAGAACAAUUGCAAAAAGUCCAGGAAGUGAAGAAAAUAAAACAAGAAGUUCGUGAUGAUCCCGAGGAUUGGCAAUCGAAUCUGGACAAUUGGAAGAGUAGUCGAAGGAAGCGUCAGGAACACAUCAUUGAGCGUGUAGUCGAAGUUAAGAAACUCGAACUGGAGGAACACGAUCGACAGCGUCGUCGGAGCAAGACUUUCUCAGAAAUGAUGGAAGAGAGAGGCAGUAGGGGUCGGAAACUGAGCAUCAGCUUAGCCAUGUACCACGAGGAAGAUGCCAAUGAUCUGAGUGACCUUGGUAUAGGAACCAGCAGCGGAAAGAGCUCGGUUAGCGGCGAUACGCACGAUGACACGCACAGUGUCUUGAGCGACAGAGAUAGUGAAAUAGAGAAGAAUCACUCGGACGUGGAUAAUGUGGCAAGCGAGAGCGUGAUCCACAACGACAUCACGACAUCAUCAGCGACCACAACAGCGUCAGCGACAACGACGACGACGACGACGAAGAAACCAUUCGGGAACGGGUUUCACAAUAGCAACCAUAGUCACAACAAUCAGGAGUACGAUUCAGCGACAACAGCGACGAUCAGCUCCCCAGAACCAGAGGAAUAUACGUACGAGGGUGCGAUUCGCGGUUACGUGUCUCGAGUGUCUCAAAAUAUACCAAGGCGAUCAUUGGUCAACCUGGACUCAAAACUCGACAGCACCAAGUCAUCAACGAACGGUUCAAAGACGAGUUUAAACGACGAAGGUAAAUCCACCAUACCGGUGGUGAAGGUCGAUAUCCUAAAGAGGCGAGAGAUCUUCGAGAAAGCCUCGCAGAAGAACACCGAGAACAAAACAAACAAUAGGCUCUCCGGAGAUUUUACCGGCACGAAAUCUAUCAAGGAACGACUAUCGAACCUAGAAAAACAGAAACACGAGUCGGAGCAUAUCGACAAGAUCACGAAUAAAGCGUUAAACAGACUGUCCGGUGACAUGAGCUCGAUCCGUGAAAGAUUAUCUCAUUUGGAGAAGCAGACGUCGGAAAGAGAGAACAAAAGUUCUGCGUAUCGUAAGCUGAGCACCGAAGAAUUAGAGACAGUCAGACCGCUACGGGAUAGAUUGUCCACUUUGGAAAAAUAUAGCAGCAGCGACGAGUCAUCGGCACCUGGCAGUACCGCUCACGAGUUACGACACAAUGGCGAGCUGUCCGCCAGAUCGAUAAAGGAUCGUUUGAGCGCCUUGGACGCGGCCAGGAGCAAAGAAUCAGCCGAUAAGAGAUCAUCCUCCGUAGGAAAGCACUCGUUGUGCUUCCGGGAUCAAGAGAACAGAAUUGAUACCUCGACUCCUAGUGAGAGAAGCUCGUCGCCUGACUCAGAGUAUCGCGUGCCAAGAGCCGCCUUCCAUAGAAGCCUGGAUUCUCUGGACGCAGACGCUUCCAGCGGUCCCGACACGUUCGAAAGGGUGCAAAGCUUGGAGGAACUCGAUUACGGCAGACGUUAUCCGGCGUCGUCGUCAUCUGCCGAAUUGUUAAACGAUACCGAUCGCGAGGAUUCAGGGAUCCACACGGCUGAUGUCAGCUGCUCCGUGAGUCAAGCGGACGAACCAGUCGAUGAGGACAUCGUGCACGCUAGCACGAUUAUCGAGCGACAGGAGGUGAUCGAGGAGAAACCGGAGGAAUCUCGCGACGUCGAGACAACGAACGUAACUGUCGUUGAACAGCAAAGCGCCGCUGUAUCUGUGAACGAGAUCUCGACGACUUCUGCCAGCCAACCUGACGCAGUAGUAACAAAGAAGGGUACUGCUGACACUUCUGGGGAACUGUCGACUAACAAAUCACAAUCGCAGGCACACAUAGAAGUUACUAACUCUAGUACACUUCGUUCUUAUCCUGCUACGAGUCGCCCGAUCGUGUAUCAAAGUCCCAAAGUACCUCCGCGACGAUCACCUCCCGAUAUGCUUCCCAAACCAAAGUUGCCUAGCCCCAAAGAACAUUUAGAAACUAAAACAGAUUCUCUGCCCGCUAAAGAAUCGAACUCUGUCGCGUGCAGCAGCAAACUUUACGCGAACGAGCAGGAUCCGAAAUUCGCUGUCGACGAAAAGGUUCAGGAUGCCUCAAAAGAGGAUUCAACCAAAGUUACGGCUUCGUCUCCAGUACCAUUAGACUCUGCCGUUAUAGACACUUGUUCACUGUCACCUGUUAGAGUGGCAGCCGUUCCAACGAACCUUCAAUUAGAGUCUACCGCUACCUCAGCUUCGAACUGUAUCGCGAAAGAAGUUCCAAAGACUAUAACGACACCAGUCACGUCUCCACGGGCAGCAUCCAAGAUUCCCACUCCGCUUCCUCGAAAAACGAUAGGCACUAAAUCAUCCCCCACCAGUUCUACCUCCUCUCUGAGUCCGCCCAUUUCACCAUCCUCCUCUAAAACACCAUCAUUAAAAGCUAGAACGUCAAACGUUAAGAGUCCAACCAAUCAGUUGUCUUGUCCGCAAUUUCCAAAAGCAUCAGAGAUACCAAUCCCCGUUGGUUCUAAUAUAUCAUGUAACUCGAAUAUUCCCCUGUCACCAUCCUCGAAUCUCGAACAAACACCAUUGGCAUCCUUCAGCACCAAACAUAUCUCGUCCCCAACGUUCAGCACGAAACACCAGGUGACGGUGGGUGAAGAGACACUGCCUGCAGAAAAACGCCGAACGGUGAUGGAAAUUUGCGAAAAGGUGGUGGUACCUCAGGGCAAGACACCUACGACAUCUCCAGUGACGCCAUUCAUCACCGUGGAUCGCGUCAAUGAGAAGCCGAGCUCAGCGACCGAGGAACCGAUCGUUAUCGAGAAAGCGGACGACGAGGAGGCAGCGGCGAUUUGCCAGCCGAGCCCGCCAGUCGAACACGAAGAGCACGAGGAAAAGGAAGUGACGAUGAACGGGAAGAUCGAGCAGUACGAGCUACCGGCACGAAACUCGAUCAAGGAGUCGAUCGACGUGCACGAUGCACCUGAAAGCAAGCCGUCCGCAAACGUCCCUGUGCCUGUGCCUGAAAGACCGACGACCUUGACCAUCGGCAAACCGGAAAUCGCCAAGAUGGAUACGAUGAGCCUUCUUAGCCCCAUAUCACCCAUGUCUAAACAGAUUUUGCCACUAAAUUUAUCAAGCGACGAGGAAAUAGUCGCCGGUUUGGCGUUUCCUCUGGGGCCACCAACCAGCGUGGAGCCUCCGAAAGAGAAACCACCACCACCACCAGUGGACAUCAGCGACGAAGAAAACCUUCCAGUGGAACCUCUAAAAAGAUUGAAUUCUACUCGCAGAAUAAAGAAGGAACUACGCACGCGGCGCUCUGAUUUUCUUGGAAUCGAAGGGGUAAACGAUGACGAGCUGGAACGCGAAUUGACUCUAACAAAGCCACCAGACAUGGCUGCGAUUCUAGCGGAGGAAAGACGCAUCGAACAGCUACAUCGUCGCUCGUACGACACAGACAGCAACUAUGAGCAGGAUUCCAGCCACGAAAGAGAUUCAGGGGUCGAACUGGGUCAUGUCGAAGAUUGGACGAAGCAACCGGUCAGCCCCGAUAUGUCUCAACAUAGCCGCCAAAGCAGUGAACCAUUCGGCGCCAGCGUCACCUCUUCCGAAGAAGACGAGAUCACAAAAAAAGAAAGGGAGAUCAUCGAGGUCCUUGAGAAAGAGGAACAGUGGCGGUACGGCAACAAUCGUGAGCUGAACAGUGACUUGGGCGAGAAAUUGGCGCACAAACUGCGCGAGCUCGAAGAAGAGAAGAUGCAACUAGAACGGGAACGCGCCCAGGAAGCGGCCUUACGUCGGCAGGAAGAGACACUAAGGAAGAACGAGGACAACAUGCGCAAGCAGGAGGAGACGUUGCGGAAACAACAGCAGGAGGAGACCGCGAGGCAACAGGAAGCGGCGAGGGCUGAAGCAGAGGCGAAGCGUGCCGAAGAGAAGAGACAAGAAGAGGAGUUGAGGGCGCAGGCAGAACAGCUCAGGAUUCAAAAUGAGAUCCAGGAGGAGAGAAGAGUAGCUGAUGCUCGUCGCAUAGAAGAGAAACGUAUCAGGGCCAUGGAGAGCCAAAUUCGUGAACAAGAGAACACGUCAUUGGUUGGUGCUGGUUUGAACGACGAAGAAGACGAAUUUGCUUCCGGGGAAGUCCUCAGAGUGGAAAGGGAGUUGCUGCAGUUAGAACAAGAAGAAUUAAAGCGCCAACGAAACAACCUGGCGUAUCGCGAACAAAAGCAGCUUAAAUUGGCAGAACAAUUGCAAGAACAAUGGAAAUCCUUGCAAGAUGUCGCGCAUACAUCUGCGAACAAUAUCCAACAGUUCAAGAGUCAACCAUCGGUGAAUUAUAGAUCGUCGAUGCCAAAUCUUCAACUUCAAGACGUGCAAAGAAGAAGACCUCCGCCUCCUCCUAUACCACCAGCCAAACCGCUGCGUUUAAUAGAACAGAGGCAAAGGGACGUUACCAUCAGGAGCAGCAGAAUUCCGUCAGCAGAUUCGAUCCCUCAGCAAGUGGACGCUCCUUUGCGACACAGUGCAUCGGUUACGACGCUUGCGAGCCAUGCUGGUCAACAGAUGAGUAGGCAAACGUUGCAAGCUCUCAGUGCAGUUCCUCGACCACGAAUCGUUCAAGGCGAUCAAUGGGUUCAACGAAGGAAAAGCGACGUACCACGAGGCGCUCACGAUUUAAAUUACCAGCACUGGCUUAUUCAGGAAGCAGAACAAAGAAGGAUUAGUGAAAAGAAUCAACGAUCGCCACCGCGGAAACCUCAAAUGCACGUAACAGGGACGUCGGUUCCUUAUGCUAUGGCUCCUACCAGGUCAGAUAGUAAACCACUGCCUGACUCUAUCAUACAAACCCUUACGCAAAGAGUGCAGAACAGAGCGCAGGAGAAACCUCUUCCGCCAAGAAGAAGAUUAGAACAUAGUACCAGCCAGGAGCAUCUUUCUGCGUUGCAACAUCAACCGCAGCAACAUGUUAUGCAGCCUCAAAAACCUCAGCAACCGCCUGCAAUAAAUAACGAGAAUCAGGAGAAAAUGUUAAGCGUCAGUGGGAAAAAAAAAUGCUCGCAUUGUGGAGAUGAAUUAGGUCGAGGCGCUGCGAUGAUUAUCGAAAGUUUGCGGCUGUUCUAUCACAUGGAAUGUUUCAAAUGCUGCGUGUGUCAUGUUCGGCUCGGUGACGGAUUAAUGGGAACAGACGUGCGCGUUAGGAAUCAAAAGCUUCACUGCCAUAACUGCUACUCCAGUGACGACGGUGUCAAGUUCAGUUGCGUGUGAAACCAAAACCAAACAGUAGUUAAUGGGACCACAUUGACUAACUUGAAUAUAGCAUCGUUCAGCUAUAUUUUAUAAGUUAUAGUUGAUCAUUUAGCUACCGGUGAUACGCGACCGCGGCACCAACUCUUUUCUGUACAUAAAAGUCUGACAAACGGUACGAGCGAGAAGCAAAAUGGACGGUGGAGUUCCCCGUCUUACGUAAGGUAUUCCUACGUGCGCUUUAAUUAAAAAAAAAAAAAAUGGAAUCAAGAUUCUUUUUCACGUAACACGCCGACUUCUUUUCAAUCGACUAACCAUUAGGACGUACAGAGAGCAACAUGUAAAUAAACGUGUAUUUAUGUAAUUAGCAUAAUAAUAGGGAAAUAAAAUUCAGUGAAUUGAGAAAUCGAAAAAAUGGCAGCUGUCGACACACUGAAAAAAAAAUGUGUCGAUUUUGUGUGGAUUUAGCGAAAUAUCGGCGAACGAUUCAUAUGUAUAUUUUUGUAAUAUAGUUACUCCGUGUGGUAUUUAUGAGAGAAAAUCCCUUUGAUGUGUGACGGCUAUAAUACGAAACUCACCCCCCUCUCCUUUUUCUAAUCCUUUGAGAUACUUGUCUCUUAUUUUGUUCACUGUUUUUUUUCUCUCUAAUUUUUCUUCUAAAUGCUUACAAAUCAGUAGAUGAUUUCAAUCAAAUGAAAUAACACAAGCCUCUGUAUUUCACAAGCGAUCAUUUAGAUUCUAGUUGAUUAUUAUGGUAGUACAGCGCCAUUAACUGUAAAGCUGCAUAACGAGAUGCAAUUAGGCUCGAGUUUUGUGUUCUUUCUUUCCCUUCACUGUGACGAAAUAACAAAGAAAAAAUAUGAAAAAUGCUCGAUGCGUCGCGCGACUCGACGACGAUUACUUUUUGUUACCCCUUUGAUCGAUAAUAAUCGUUGUGUGCAACCGUCAUAUCGCAUCGCAUACGCAUACUUGCUAUUGUGAAAUAUUGUAUGAUAUGUGUCUCAUGUUAUUGCGAACAUGUAAUUUUAUAUUAUUGAGAAUAAAUGUUUAUUAUAGCGAUAAA